CUCCCAGCCGCGGGUGGGACGGGCCGCCCUCCCGGGGUGGCCACGGGCCCUCCCCGUCCCUCCUUGCGGCCGCGGCUCGCUUCCCUGCGCCCCGCCGGGGUGCCGAGGGGCCGCGCUCAGCCCCGCCACCGCCGCAGCCCCGGGCUCGGCGCGGCCGCGCCCCCGCGCUCCCGGCCGCCGCGCCUGCCGCCCGCCCGCCCCGCUGCCGCCAGCCCCGGCUCCCCCGGCGCGGAAGAUGCUGCGGCUUUGCCUCCUCGCCGCGCACGCUCUGCGGCUCGCCGGGGCCGCCUUGCUCUCCCCCGGGUCGUGCGCCUUUGAGGACAGCGCCUGCGGCUACGAGUGGGACUACGCGCAUCUGCCCUGGGCGCUGCACGGGGAAGGACAUUACAUUUCUGUGGAUACAUCCUAUGAGGGUGAGAAAGCAGUGCUGUCCAGCCCUGAGCUGUACUCUGAGGAGUGGAGCUGUGUCAGACUGAUUUAUCAGAUAGCAACGACUUCGGAGACUUCACCUGAUCCUGCCAGGCUCAACCUGUACCUGAGGCAGGAAGGAGAGAGCUUUGACCGUUUGCUGUGGUCAGCCAAGGAGCCUUCAGAUAGCUGGCUCAUAGCCAGUUUAGACUUAACGAACAGCACAAAGAAGUACAAGAUUAUACUGGAAGGUGAAAUGAGACAAGAUAAAUCCGCCAGUAUAGCAAUUUUUGAAAUUAAAAUAACUCCUGGAUAUUGUAUUGAAUGUGACUUUGAAGAAAAUCAUCUUUGUGGCUUUGUGAACCGCUGGAACCCCAAUGUCAACUGGUUUGUUGGUGGAGGGAACAUUCGCAAUUCUCAGUCUAUCCUGCCCAAAGACCACACACUAAACAGUGAACUGGGUCACUACAUGUAUGUGGACUCUGUUUACGUCAAACAUUUUCAGGAAGUGGCCCAGCUGAUCUCACCGAAGACCACGGCCCCAGUGUCUGGCUGCUUAUCUUUUUAUUAUCAACUUAAGCAGGAGAGCAGCAUUGUUUUUACUGUUUACUUGAGAGACACGAGUGGCUUUUAUGAAGAGAUCUGGAAAACAGACAGUGCACUGAGUGCAGACUGGGCGCUAGCAGAAGUUGACUUUAAUGCACCGUACCCCAUGGAGGUAAUAUUUGAAGUUGCUUUCAAUAGCGCCAAGGGAGGUUAUGUUGCCCUUGAUGACAUUUCUUUCUCUCCGGUUUACUGCAGCAAUCAAACAGGAAUUCCUUUCAAUCCUGCUGAUGCAGGCUGCAAUUUUGAGGAAGAUCUGUGUAAUUUUUACCAGGAUCACAAGGAUGGCCCAGGAUGGAGCAGAGUGAAAGUGAAGCGUAACGUUUACAGAGCAGGAGAUCACACUACCGGGUUUGGUUAUUACUUGCUGGCGAACACAAAAUUUACAUCACAGCCUGGGUACAUUGGACGUCUGUAUGGCCCGACCCUGCCAGGAAACUUGCAGUUUUGUCUGCGUUUUUAUUAUGCCUUAUAUGGGUUUUUCAAAAUGAGCGGCACACUUGCUGUUUAUAUCUUUGAGGAGAAUCAUGUGGUUCAAGAGAAAAUCUGGUCCGUCUUGGACUCUCCAAAGGGAGUUUGGACUCAAGCUGAAAUCUCCUUCAAAAAACCUAUGCCUUGCAAGGUUGUCUUUGUGAGCUGGUGUAAGAGCUUCUGGGACUGUGGACUUGUGGCACUGGAUGAUGUAUCAUUGAGCCUGGGAAGCUGCCAGGCUGCUGAUCUAUUGCCACCCAAUCCUGGAGAGUGUACUUUUGAAAAAGAUGAGUGUGUGUUUACCCAGAAGAAGAGAGGUCGUGGGAGUUGGCACAGGAGGAGAGGUCCAACUCCCACUUCUUACACCGGUCCGAAAGGAGACCACACUACUGGGGUAGGAUACUACAUGUAUAUAGAGGCAUCCAACAUGGUCUAUGGACAGAGAGCGUACCUAGUUUCAAGAUCACUAAGAGGAACCUCUGGAAAACAGUGCUUGACAUUUUUCUACCACAUGUAUGGAGCUGGGACUGGAUUAUUAAGUGUUUAUCUGAAGAAGGAAGGUGAUGAUGAAGAGAUUCCUUUGUGGAGGAGGACAGGGGAACAAAGCAUCUCAUGGCUAAGGGGACUGAUAGAAUAUGAAAGUGAUAGAAACUACCAGAUUAUUUUUGAGGCAAUCCGUGGUGUCUCAAUCAGAAGUGACACUGCUAUUGAUGAUAUUCUGUUCCAGGCAGGACCCUGUUUAGAAGUGGAAGAAAUUCAAUUCUCAUCAGGCUAUCCUGACAGCUUAAAUGAAAUUGAGUAUUAAAUACAGUCUGCUGAAAGGAAUGAAGUGCAUAGAAGAUUUGUAUGUGAGAAACUGCACAAACUGCCUAUUUUAAAAUAUGUUUUAAGUAAAUACUGGACUGGUUUGAAUAUGCACCAAUGUAUAGGAAGAACUCAGAGCACUCAUGUUCCUCGCCUUUGCAAUGAAAUUAUUGACUCAGGGCUUCUUAGACUGUUUUUGUUAAUAUUUUUUCUCUUUUGCAUGAGGUAUCAGUUAUUAUACAAAGGCUUCCUGUUUUGCACAGAUCACUCAUUUUAAUGCUCCCCCCCUUUUUUCUUUAACCUUUCUGUUAUAUAGGUAAAAAGAGGAAAGUAAAGGUGCACAAUUAAAAUCUAAUAUUGUGUUAACUUAAAUCUGCAUUCAGUGAAUGUUUUGUGUUGGGUACAGAAUGGAUUUUGUUAAGGAAAUUAUAAAUAUUUUGAAAUAAUAAAGAAAAUAGUAUUAGCUACUAGUAAUAGCCUACAGGUUAAGUGCAAUUAUUCAUGAUGACAAAUCUCUCUGGGAAACUCUUAACACUCUGCUGGCAAUUUUUUGUGGUUUUGUAUUCUUUUUCUAUAACAAAUAUAUUUGUUGUUCUUGCCAAUAACAAACUCACUUUUAGUGUUCCAGUAUAAUUCAGUGUAAGCUGCUGACAUGUUGAACUAUAUGAAAUGAAACCCUUUGAAGCCCUAUGUUUUCUGGUGUACAAGUCUUGGGUUGUUAGGGGGUUUUUUAAUAAAUUGGUUUGUACACUCACAGAGAAGGUACUUACACUUUACCCACCCACAGAUGCCUUGCAUUUAUAUUAAUAGGAAACUGAAUUCACACAACUUGAUAAUUUUUAAGAUUUUCUAUGUUUGUGUAUAAGGUUUUGUUUUGAAAUUAUAACUUCCUAAUAAAAAUGUAACUUU